AUGUUGAUCGGAGGAAGUAGUAACAGUGGAAGGAAGAGGACUCUUGCCCUCCUUCUGUUGAGUAUUGUUGCCUUAAUAUCUAAAUUAUCAACUGCUCAACAACUUAAAGUGAGAGAUUCUAAAGUGUCCAAUGGUGAAAAGGCAAGCACCAACGAAUUUCCAUUCAUUGUCUCACUCCAACAGGCUGAUGAUAUCAGCGCCAAAAGCUACAGUCACACUUGUGGAGCUUCAAUUAUAAAUUCCAAAUAUUUACUCUCAGCUGCCCAUUGUUUCAGUCCCCCUGAUACAUUACCUUGGAUUGCUGUAUAUGGUGGAAAUUCUGUGAGUGAUGUACAACGUAAAUAUAUUAAGAUAAAGAACAUUCAUGUCCAUCCUCAAUAUAGUGAUUCAAAUAAUAAUGUUGUAAAUGAUAUAGCUAUUCUUGAAUUGGAAUCAGCAAUGACAUUGGACGGUAAAACAGCUAAGGCUGCCUAUUUGGAAAUUGGAUCAAUUCCUAUUGGUUUCUCAUCUAUUGUUGCUGGAUGGGGAACAACUGUUGAUACUCAACCACUUCCAACAGAUUUGAUGAAAGUUACUGUACCUGUGGUUGAUAUGAGUAAAUGUAAUGCUAUUAACUUGGAUGCUUCAUCACCAAAACAAAUCUGUGCUGGCGAUGGAAAAGGACAUGACAGGUAG